AUGUUGAUGCCAAAGGACGACAGAAAGAAGAUCCACCAGUACCUCUUCCAAGAGGGUGUUGUUGUUGCUGAGAAGGACUUCAACAAGCCAAAGCACGAGGAGAUUGACACCAAGAACUUGUACGUCAUCAAGGCUUUGCAGUCUUUGACCUCCAAGGGUUACGUCAAGACUCAGUUCUCUUGGCAAUGGUACUACUACACCUUGACUGACGAAGGUGUUGAGUUCCUCAGAAACGAGUUGAACAUCCCAGAAGGUAUCUUGCCUUUGACCAGAUUGAAGGGUGCCCCAGCUCAGAGACCAAGACCUGCUUCCAGAGGUCCUCAAAGAAGAUUUGGUGGUGACUCCUACAGAAGAAGAGCCAGAGAUUAA